CAAGACCGUCGCGAGUGGCAGACGCCAAAUCGACUGAACGAAGCCGCACGUGUCAUUCGUCCGCUGCAUUGGUGCAAUGGAGAAAGGCAUUGCUCCCAUUCCCGCCUUUUACGCGUGCUAUUUGCUGAGGUCCAUCGCGCGACACGCUUCGCUGUAUAUCGGCAGCACGCCAAAUCCCCCACGUCGGCUGCGUCAACACAAUGGCGAGUCAAAAGGAGGCGCAGUUCGGACCUCCAAAGACUCGUUGCGGCCGUGGGAGAUGACAUGUCUCGUCACAGGUUUUCCAAGCAAGAUUGCCGCACUGCAAUUCGAAUGGGCGUGGCAGAAUCCGCAGUUGACGCGACACAUUGCACCAGAUUCACGAAUCACACAGGCUACGAUGACCACACGCAUAUCGCCCAAGACGGGAAAGGCUCGAAAACGCUCAAAGCGACCUCGUCUAUCUUUGACAGAUCGCUUGAGAAAUCUACACCUUUUACUGCGGGCAAGAAGUUUUCGACAAUGGCCCCUAAAAUUGACAUUCUACUGCGAGGAUGUGUUUCGCGUCUGGAGCAAACUCGUCGAGCAAACAACAGAAACAUUGCCCAAGGGUAUCGAAGUUACCAUUAAUGAAUCAUCACGUAGUUUGAAGAACUCCAAACAGCAAGACGGCGGCCAGGCUGCAACCGAAGGAACCGGCAUCCAUGGGCUUGAUCUCGAUUAUGCAAGACGUAAAGGACAUUUGGAGAAGAGCCAAGCUCUUCUAGCUAAUGACGAACACAUUCUGAAGUGUUCCAUCUGCAAAGAUAGGUUGCCGUCGAGCGGCGCUGCGACAUUGAUCUGUCCCUCCGAUGGCUGUUCUGCCCUCUCGCACCUACAGUGCCUGGCCGCACACUUUCGCAAAAGUCCAGGAGAGGAGAUUGUUGUUCGCUCAAGCGGACCUUGUCCAUCUUGUCAUUCUGAGACUCAGUGGACAGAUCUCGUCACCGAGCUGAGCUUGCGAAUGCGCGGAGAGAAGGAGCUAAAAGCAUUAUUCAAGCCGAAGCGAGCCAAGAAAGGUACUUCUGUGGCAGCGGAUGUCCUCGAUGACGAAUCCGAGCAGUCUGAAGGCGAGGACGACUUACGACACAUUGCCGUGGGAGACGGGUGGCCCAGUAUCGAGGACAGCAGCGAGGACGAUGCAGCUUCGGUGCAUGUUCAUCAACAGGCGUUCAGGAGUGAUCCGACGCCAGAGCGAAGGCCAUUCAAGAUGACAGUGCAGCCACAGACGCCCCAUUCGGAGCCAGUGAUUGAAGACAGCGAGUGGGACGAAGCUGAGCUGCUGACAUGACCAUUUGUAAAAGUAGCUGCAAUUCAGAAUAGGGCGAGAGGACCGUGUACACGAUUCACACGCAGUCACCCACUCCAGAGUACUAAUGAGCAUGUUUUUACUGUUAUACCUUACUGCAUUGCCCGCUUCCAGGAAACGCAUUAAGACAUACAUGAAGCUGAGUUGCAAGAGUUUGAAAUUGCCGUCUCCGCGUACCAGGUACCAGACGAAAAAGUAAAGU